CAGAGGUAAGUGGGGCAGGGAAGAGGGGAACAGAAGACAGGGUCCAGGGCAGGCUACGGAGAUGCUUGAAGAAAAAUGCUGCUGUUACUGCUACUUGUGGGGGCUGCCGCAAGCAGAUGUCUACACGAUGAGACACAAAAGUCUGUGAGCCUUCUCACACCCCACUUCUCCCAACUUCCCCCAAACUUCCGCUCUUCCUCCCUCACCCUCCCUGGCCCUCAUUAUCCUCAACCCCUGCGAAUCCAAACCUGCUAUAUUGGAGAUCCUGUAUCACAUGGACUUUGGGAUUCUGAACUCCAGGGAGACAGGAUGAGAGGAGGACCCCGGGCCCUGGCCGCAGUGAGAGAGGCUGCUCAGCGACUGCACGGUGUCCUAGCAGUCCCUCCCGUGCAAGGACCCCUGCUUCUGAGUCGAGACCCUGCACAGUACUGCCAUGCUGUCUGGGGAGACCCGGACACCCCAAACUACCACAGGUGCAGCCUUUUGAACCCAAGGUACAAAGGAGAGAGUUGCCUGGGGGCAAAGAUCCCUGAUGCCCAUCUCCAUGGUUAUGCCUUGUGGCCAGAGCAGGGUCCCCCACAACUGGUCCAGCCAGAUGGGCCUGGGGUCCCAAACACCGAUUUUCUUCUAUACGUGCGGGUUGCUCACACUUCCAAGUGCCACGGACAGGCCACACUACAUGAACUGCUCCAUGUUCUGGGUUUCUCUGCACAGCUUUUCAAGAAGUGGCGGGAUUGCCCCUCAGGACCCAGAGCUAGAGAGAACUGUUCUACAAGGCCACAAGUGACAAGGCGAGACGAGGGGGGACAGCUGCUUCUCACCACCCCAACUGUUAGCCAUAGGCUGGCCCAACACUUGGGAGUGCUAGGGGGCUCACUUGGCGUCCCCUUGGAAGAAGAGGGCCCUCUGUCUUCACAUUGGGAGGCCCGACUGCUACAGGGUUCUAUAAUGACUGCCACCUUCAAUGGUGCCCAGCGCACUCAACUUGAUCCAAUCACUCUUGCUGCCUUCAAAGAUUCAGGAUGGUACCAAGUCAACCACAGAGCGGCCGAGGAGCUGUUGUGGGGCCAGGGAUCUGGCCUGGAAUUUGGCCUGGUUUCCACAUGUGGGACUGGCUCCUCAGACUUCUUCUGUACAGGCAGAGGCCUGGGCUGCCACUAUCUGCACUUGGACAAGGGAAGCUGCUCCUCAGACCCCAUGCUGGAAGGAUGCCGCAUGUAUAAGCCCUUGGCUAACAGGAGUGAAUGCUGGAAGAAGGAAAACGGAUUCCCACCUGGGGCAGAGAACCCCCAUGGGGAGAUCUACCAUUCCCAGAGUCGUUGCUUCCUUGCCAACCUCACUUCACAACUGCUUCCUGGGGACAAGACCAGGCAUCCCUCUCAGAUCCCACACCUGAAGGAAUCAGAGCUCACUGGCCGCUGCUACUUGCAUCAGUGUACAGACAGGGGAACAUACAAGGUGCAGGUGGAGGGGUCCCCCUGGGCUCCCUGCCCUCCAGGAAAGGCUAUUCAGAUACCUGGGUACCGUGGUCUCCUCCUCUGUCCUCGGGGUCGGCUGUGUCAGACUAAUGAAAGUACCAAUGCUGUCACUUCCCCACCUGUGAGUCUUUCAACACAACACCUAUUAUUCGAGCUGUCUUUAGGAUUAGCUGGGCCUCCAAGCCACUACCUGGGGAAGGAAGAGCGAGACGAGCUGGCAGAAGCGGUACUGCAGGCUCUGGUGAACAGAGGAGGCACUGGCAGGUGCUAUUUCCAAGGUGCCUCGAUUACCACUAGUCUGGUGUUCACUGUGCAUAUGUGGAAGUCCCCUGGCUGCCAAGGGCCUUCGGUUAGUAUGCUGAAAAGGGCCCUGACCCUGACUCUCCAGAAGAAGCCCCUAGAAGUAUAUUAUGGAGGAGCCAGCUUUACCACAGAAUAUAUCAAGUUGCCAGUUACCUUGGACCAUAAUCCCUCCAUGACCCACACAGGUGUGUCCAUGGGGCUCUGCCUAAUGCUACUUAUCUUGCUGGGUGCACUGGGAAUAGUGGUCUACCAGAAACAAGCUGCUCUUCGGGUGGGACCAUCUGCCCCUUACCCUUCACCAGAGCUCCAAGGGACAAGGGCCCAGUCGGAGGAAUAAGGGAGGUGUGAUGUCACCCAGAGUAUGAUGGG